AAGGCCUAUUUAAAAACUACGCAAGCUCGCCAGCCGGUAUAUUACGUACACAAUAAGGUCGUCUAUACAGAAUAUAUAAGAAUACAUUUAAAUAAUUGACGCAGUAUUAGGACAGGAGAGGAACAAGCAACAAGCAAAAUGAAGACAAUUUUAGUUUUGGCAGCAGUUGUAGCGGCGGCAGUUGGCUUACCCGCAGAUACGUACAACCCAGCGUAUGACAACUUCAAUGCGCAGGAGUUGGUUGACAAUGUUCGUCUUCUUAAUAAUUAUGGGAAAUGUUUUCUAGAACAAGGGCCGUGCACACCUGAAGGACGUGACUUUAGAAAGGUCAUUCCCGAAGCCCUAAGAACAAAUUGUGGGAAGUGCACUCCAAAACAGCGUGAACUGAUUCGUACCGUUGUUCACGGCUUUAAAACUAAGCUUCCAGAAAUGUGGAAAGAAAUUAUCCACAAAGAAGACCCCAACAAUGAAUACACAGCGGCUUUCAACGAAUUUUUGGCGGCUUCCAACUAAGAUAUAAAAAGCAACUAUAGGACAAACUUACAGUUACAGUCCCGCUGAAAUGGCCGAUUGUAUAUUUAAGCGAUAAAACAUUUCUUAAUGAGCUUUAAUUUAAACACGUUAGUUUGUGUUUCAAUAAAUUUGACUUUUACAUUUUAAACAAACAAUCACCUAAACAGAUUGUCUGGACUGCUUGACAGACGAUUGACCCUUUCAGAUGGACUUUCUGUCAAUGCAGAUUAUUUAUAUGGUACCAUUCUUUUUGUUACACUAUAUGAGCAAAAUACUCUUUAUUCGUCAUAAGAUUUAUUAUUUCGUAUAUAAUUGUUAAUAUUAAUAGAAAAGUAACAAUUGCAGCUUUUAGUUAAUGCAAUACAGUAUUACCUUAUCAUCACAUUAUAUUAAUUUUGAGAUUAAAUUUGACACCUACCAUAAGUUGAUCUACAUGAGAAUUUAUAUUAAAUACUGUUUAAAUAUCUA